CUCACACUCUCCUCCCCAAUCCUCAUCAUCGGCGCCGGCACCUUUGGCCUCUCAACAGCCCUCCACCUCGCCCGCCGCAACUACACGUCCAUCACAGUCCUCGAUCCCCAUCCACCCCCCUCCCCCCUCUCCGCCGGUAGCGACAUCAACAAAGUCGUACAAUCCGUCUACAAAGACAAAUUUACGGAAAAGUUGGCCAAGAAGGCAUUGGAAGGAUGGCGAACAGAUCCGGUAUUCCGAGAUGCAUUCCACGAAACCGGAAUCCUCUUUGCCGCAGAUGACUCCAACAUGGCAGCACUCGAGGAGGAGCUGGACGGUCUCCCGAACCGCGGGAUCGAAGUCAACGGCAGAGACGAGUUCCGCGCCAUCAUCCCGGUCUUGUCAGGGGAGAUGAACGGUUGGAAAGGGUCCUACCAAAAAGAGGGGUGCGGGUGGGUCCACGCCGCUGACGCCCUCCGCUCCUGCGUCAAAGCCUGCAAAGAGCUCGGCGUGACAUUCGUCUCUGGCCCCGCCGGCACCGUCACAUACCUCAUCUACUCCCCCUCUUCCUCCCCCUCCCUCCCAGACAUCCUCGGUGCAAAAUCCAGCGAUGGUACGGAAUACCUCGCCACCCGUACAAUCCUCGCCGCAGGCGCCUGGUCAUCGACACUCUUCCCCUUCCACAACCAAUUAUUGGCGAAAUGUUGGACGCUGGCACAUAUUCGACUCACCGAAUCCGAACGCGCGAGAUUUCGGGAUGCGCCGGUGUUGUUGCACGUUGUCAAGGGAUUCUUUUUUGAGCCGGAUGCGGUGCGGGGGGAGGUUAAAGUGUGUAACGAGCAUCCCGGGUACACAUCCUACAUCACCACCUCUACCCCCCGGUCGUCGUCGUCGUCGUCGUCGUCGUCGGAGCCGGAGCCGCAGCAGCAGCAGCAGCAGCAGAGCGUCCCAUUUCACCGCUACUCAAUCCCCCUCGAGUGCGAGGCGGCAAUCCGAGACCUCCUCGCCGAAACAGUACCAGAAUGGUCGUCCCGCCCCUUCACCCACGCCCGAAUCUGCUGGUGCACAGACACCCCCGACCGCGCAUUCCUCAUCACCCCACACCCCACACACCCACGCCUCCAACUCGCGACCGGAGACUCGGGACACGGGUUCAAGCAUCUUCCUUCGAUCGGGUCGUAUAUCGCUGACUCGCUCGAGGGAGUGUUGGAGAGGGAGAUGGAGGAGAGGUGGAGGUGGAGGCCGGAGACGGUUGGGGAGGGGAGAGGGGGGGAGGGAGAAGCGCAGGGAAGGUAUGGGGGAGCUGGGAGGGUGAGGGAUUUGAGUGAGGUU